AUGGCAGCGGUGAGAUCCGCUAAAGGACCUGGGAUAGGAAGACUAUUUGGAGAUAACAAGAGGCUCAAUCACGGUGAAGGAGCAACAGAGAGUUCAACCGAUAGCGGCAACAGACGAGGAUUAUCAGCGCCAUUGGAGAAGGAGCGUAUGAGCCAAAUAGAAAUGGCAGUAUACGAAAGGGAUCACAUAGCGCGGAAUCACGCACAUCACCGGCAUCUAGAUAUGACGUACGGACGCAUUCUAAACGACGUUAGAAAUCGUUGGGGGCCCGUGAAUACGUAUAUGAAGCUUAAAGAAGCUCGCAGUAUGAUUCCCGAAAUUGACGGAACGUCGCGAAAACAAGUCCAAAAAUUUAUAAAUGCUAGCACAUACGCGAUGGGCGAAAUAAAUCCUCUAGAAGAAACUUCACUAUUAGAAACGAUUAUUUGCACCAAACUGACGGGGAAAGCAAUGUACGACUUUCAAAAUAGAGACAUCCACGCAUUUGCACAGUUACGUCAAGAAAUUGAAAUAUGCUAUUUAACUAAGCGAAGCACUACUCACAUACAGCGAGAUUUCAAUUUGUUAAAGCAAAAACCAAGCGAAAGCGCGAGAAAAUAUGGACUCCGCGUAGAUAAGUUAGCCAUAGAAUUAUAUCAAUCUAUGAUAGAAGGUCGAGAACAAUCGUCCGAACAGAGAAAAGUGAUUUUGGAUACUAUUCAAGAGUUAGCCUUGAAAAAUUUCCAAUUAGGAUUCCGCGAAAAAAUACAGACGAUAGUGCGUUCGUGUAACUAUACGACUCUAACCACUGCAAUACUAGGCGCAACCACGGAGGAAAAAUUAAAGGGAGCGAUUCCUAAACCGAGUAACAAUGAACGGAACAAAUUCAGACCUCAUGAGCAAUCCCGACAAACACAAAAUUCGAUAUUACGGUGUCAUAAAUGCAGAAAAACCGGCCAUCACGGGAAGGACUAUAGAACGAGCCAAUACGCGACGAGAUAUUCGUUGCCCUGCGUCGAAAAACCCGUCGGAAUAAACACGAGAGACAUUGGUCCGAGAGCCCAGCCAGUCAACAUAGCCACUAAGGUAAAACAAGGAAAGAAGAGAAGCGAGAGCGAAGACUCGGUAUCAAGUAGCGAAGAGGAGGAAGCGCGAAUAAAGACAAGGCAAGCACGAGUCGCCCGAGAUUAUCAGGUCACACAGAUAAUCGGAAGACAUUCUAAUAUCGAAUUAAAAUUGGUAACAUUGCCGAUGAAAGAAUUGAAAACCGGCAAGAUGAAUUUCCUGUUAGACACUGGAGCGACUCUUACUCUAAUUAAGGCUGUAACCGAUAAAAAUCGGGGUAAUAAACUCGGGGUAAUAAACUCUGAAGAAACAGAGCCAGGAGUAUUUAUUGGCAGCUGUUUGGUAGAGCCAGAGGAAUAUACGUGUCCUAUAAGUAUGGUAAAUACGACGAGAGAAGCCGUGGAAUUAAUCGCCGCUUGUAACCAACAUCUAAACGAGGAGAAGAAAAAGGCGUUAUGGCAAACUAGCGAUGAAUUCUGCGAUAUUUUUCAUCUGGAAAACGGUGUCCUGUCAUGUACUACAACGGUAGCACACGAGAUCAACACGCGUACGAAUAGUGCGCCGGUGAACGUAAGACCGUACCGAUUAUCCGAAAAACACAAAGAGGAGGUAAAUCGACAAAUUGAAGAAAUGCUGGACAAUGGAAUUAUACGACCUACUACCAGCCAGUGGAACGCACCACUAUUGGUCGUUCCAAAGAAAAAUGACGCAUCAGGUAAACCAAAGCUACGUAUAGUGGUGGACUUUCGGAAGCUUAAUGACCUGUCAAUAGGCGAUUCGUUUCCUUUACCAAACAUUACAGACAUUCUAAACCAGUUAGGCAGCGCAAAAUACUUUUCGACGCUAGAUCUCGUGUCAGGGUAUCACCAAAUUUCCAUGCACGAAGAACGAAAAAAUAAAACAGCUUUCUUCACACCUUACGGUCAUUUUGAGUUUAAUAGAAUGCUGUUCGGGCUUAAAAACGCGCCCGCGACAUUUCAAAGACUCAUGAACUCCAUACUAACGGGAUUACAAGGACUGAAAUGUCUGGUGUACUUGGAUGACAUCCCGAACAAAUGUGAGUUCCUGCGAAAAGAAGUGACGUACCUUGACCACAUCAUUACCGAAGACGGGAUACGACCUGAUCCGGAAAAAUUACGCGCAGUGAAAAAUUUCCCUGUGCCAAAAAGAAUAAAAGAUGUACAAUCCUUUUUGGGAUUGGCCGGGUAUUACAGAAAAUUUAUUGAAGAAUUUUCCAAAAUGGCUAAACCCUUGACAAGUUUAACGAAAAAGGGGGUAAAAUUUAAAUGGACGAUAGAACAACAGAAUGCGUUUCAAUCGUUAAAAGAAAAAUUAAUGACUGCUCCGGUGUUAAAUUACCCGGAUUUCACACGUGAAUUUUUAUUAACGACAGAUGCAUCUGACUACGCAAUAAGAGUCGUAUUAUCCGUAGGUCAAGACCGACCGAUUGCAUACGCCAGCAGAAUUUUAUGCAAAGCUGAACAAAAUUACAAUACUACCGAAAAGGAGUUAUUGGCUAUAGUAUGGGCCGUGAAAUAUUUUAGACCCUAUUUAUACAGAACCAAAUUUACGAUCGUGACAGACCACAGACCACUAAUAUGGCUAUUUAACGUCACGGAUCCAAGUUCUAGAUUAAUUAGAUGGCGAUUAAAAUUAGAGGAGGACGAUUAUAAAAUCGUACACAAAACCGGCAAAAGUAAUAAGAAUGCCGAUGCAUUGAGCAGGAAUCCAGUUACGGACGACCCACACGUUAAUCUCAUGCAUACAGAGGAAAAGGACAACGCACAAUUAACAAUUUCUUUAAAUCAUCUCAAGACGAUAUAUAAAUCCGUCAAUAACAGACACGAACUAAUAGACGCUAUCGGUACCAUCAGCAAAACACUGUUCGGGACGAUGGACGCUAACGAUGCGAAAUGUAUCAACGAACAGUUAGAACUACUGCAAAAUAACCAACAAAUCUUACAACAUUUGACAAAAAACCAAUUAAAAUUAUUAAACGCAACAAUAGGACACAUAAAUAAUUUAGAAUGGACUCUUGACUAUAACGAGAAUUUACUCACUAACGUAACUCGCAGAAUGGAAUUGCCGUUAGACAGAUACACAUAA